UUUUUUUCUCUUCAUCUCUCUCUCUCUCUCCCCUUCUCUUUUUCGUCGUAUCUUUCGUUUGUGAUAAUCGUCGAUGAAAAACAUGUGUUCGUUUUGUAAAUCGGUGAUCCUCAAAGAGAUUCGUUCAUCACGAAGCUCGAUUCUCGUGGAGGAGGUCCUCCGUGUCCUCUCUUGAGAUUUCCCGCGCGAUGUACGACACCGUACGUACCGAGGGACCGGUAAAGUGUUGCCAGAUCGCGUGUUCUCUUCUCGGGAUCGUGCGACGAUUGGUGAAGUCUAUUCGUGACACGAUGUUGGAAUUCUUUACGCCAGUGCCAGGUUCAUUGAAUCGGCAGCCCGAACCGGGACAGCCCGUAUCUGCCGGACCAUCACUUCCUUUUCGUUCAACAGGAGACAACAAUAACGCAGAAUCGUCGGUUUCCGUCAAGACGGAAUCCGGGCUACUGGAAACGAUCUGUGCUGGAUGCGGGCGUACGAUCACGGAUAAGUACGUGAUGAGAGUAAUGGAAAGAAACUAUCACGAGGAGUGCCUCUCCUGUGCGGCAUGUGCCGCACCGUUGUCGCAAUCCUGUUUCAUACGUGACCUCAAGUUUUACUGUCGAUCCGAUUACGAGAGGAUCUUUAGCGUUAAGUGCGCCCGAUGCAUGGAGAGGAUCAGCUGCAGCGAGAUGGUCAUGAGAGUUGCCGGCUUGAUCUUCCACAUGGAAUGUUUCGCCUGCUGCAUGUGCGGCCAACCGUUGCAAAGAGGCGCUCAUUAUAUUUUGCGUCAGGGACAACCGAUCUGCAUUCAGGACUUGGAACACGAGCUUUACAUGAAAAGUCCUCAAGAUGACGAUUUAUUGGAUGAAAAUCGACCACGAGAUGGUCGAAGAGGACCUAAACGGCCACGGACUAUUCUCACGUCGGCUCAAAGGCGACAGUUCAAAGCGUCCUUUGAAGUCUCGCCAAAGCCUUGCAGGAAGGUACGAGAGGCUCUGGCAAAGGACACGGGUCUCAGCGUUCGCGUCGUUCAAGUUUGGUUUCAAAAUCAAAGGGCGAAAAUGAAGAAGCUUCAGAGGAAAGCGAAAACAGAACCUGGAUCGGACAAAGAGCCUAAGGAAGAAAGGAGGACGGAAAGUCCUCAUAGCGAUCAUAGUCAUUACUUGAACGCCAUAAAUAUGCGUGAUGGUGAAUCUUCCAACUUUCCAUCGGCCACACAACCACUCAACCCGAACCAUCCCUUUUCACCGGAUGACGGUUAUCCAGCCAACUCCGGAGACAGUUUCUGUAGUACCGAUGAAUCCCUGGACGGUGUCGUUGGCUUUGAAAUCGGCGAAAAUGAGAGCGGUGGUGCCGAUGGAAGUCAUCAGGGUGGUUCUCACUCUCAUCAUGGUUCUUCAUCUCACGAAGCACCCUCGUUGUCACAAGGUCUACACGCGGCUAUUCACAAUCCUAUCGACAAACUGUUCAUGAUGCAGAGUAGUUAUUUCAGUGGUGAUCACGCGUAAUCUAAGUUUUUUCGUGUUGUAUAUUAUUUCUUUCCCUCUUUCUCUUUCUAUCUCUAUUUCUUUCUCUAUCUCUAUCUCUCUCUCUCUCUUUUUCACUGUCUUUUUCUCUCUCUUUCUCUCUCU